GCGGUCACACUAGCCGACAGCUCUUUUCGAGGUUUCGCAUUUUUGUGGCACGCUUCAAAAACAAAAGAAAAUACGUCAGCGAUUAAAUUAAUUUGACAAAAUGGAUGAAAUACGAAGCAGCUUGGACAACAUAAUGGCGCGUUUCAACGACAGCAUCACACACUCCGCGCCCAAGAAGCUUGUUUUCGACCGGCUUUCGAUGUCGUUCAACGAUGACUCUGUGACAGUGCCAAAGAAGCGCCGCUUAAACGAUAAUGAUUCAUUGAACGGCAGUCUAAACAUCAGUCUCAAUGCCAGCAACACAUCGCUGAACAACUCCUUCAACGAUCCAGCGGGUCCAUGGCAAACUCGCAAAUUACGCGCAGAUUUAAUUGAAACCAAGGCGAUCGUAACACAACUGCAGGAACAACUGGCAGUGCAGGCCAAGGAUCACGCCGCUGCAGUGGCACACGCCGAGGCCAAAGCCGAUGCACUGAAAGAGCAAUGCGACUAUACGAGCGCCAAGUUGCUGGAGAUGGAGAAGCAUCUCCAAGUGACGCGCAAGCGAGAGCAUAAUGCGCGUCAAGAAGUCAAUCGUGUGCUGGCCGAAGUCGAGGAGCAAAAACUUAAAUACGAAACUGCGCUCGGUGCGGCCGAGCAGGAGAAGUCGCAGCUGGAGGACGAUGCACGUGAAGUGCAGCAUUGCAUCAGCAACGAGCUCAGCGAAUACAAGCGACAAAGUGAACGCUUGCAGUUGGAGCUGGAGGCCACCAAGAACGAGUUGGCACGCAUACGUCGACGACAUGACGAAUAUAAAGCUAAUUCCGCCAGCUAUGACAAGCUGCAGAUGGACUUCGAGUUGCAGCAACAGACACUGGAUACGGCGAAUGCGCGCAUCAAGGAGCUGGAAUUUGAAAUAGAAUCGUACAGCGAUUGGAAGGAGGUCACGAAGACAUCGCAGGCCCGGCUGUUGAGUGUGCCAGAGCUGCAGGCGGAAGUAGUUCGUUUGCGUGCGCACAACAAGCAUCUGAACACGCUGAUUGGCGACAAGUUGCUGCUCGAAGAAAAGGUGCAUGACUACAAGACGCGUCUGGAUCGCGAGGAAGGCGCUCGCGCCGAAGCCGCCGCGCUGCAAGUGAAGCUCACUCAUGUGGAGCUGGAGCUGAAGGAGUGGAUCAAGGUGGCGCAGGAUCAUUGUCUGGCCAACACACUUGUCAGCCCCUUGGCAUUGCGCACACGCAUCGAGCAGCUGCUGCAGGACGACAUUGUGCGCGUGGCCGAGAAGGGAAACUCUGAUGCGGAGACCAAGAAGUUGCAAUCGGCGCUGCUGGAGUUGCAGCAACAGUGCGCCGUCUAUUUGAAGAACAUCGAGGACAUGAAUGUGGUGCUGAAGCGACACAAGAGCUUCCGCGAACGUUUGCAACGCAAGCUGUUGAUUGUGUGCAAGGAGCGUGACUUUUACAAGCAGCUGCUAGAGAACUUUGACAAGGACAUGACAAUGACGAAUGCCAGCACCGCUGAGAUGACCAACGACAUGCAGGUGCGCUGUCGUGUCGAGGUGCUGGAACGCACUUUGACCGGCUACAAGGAGAUGUGCUCGACGCUGGAGCGGGAGAUGCAAAAUAUGCGCCAGCAGGAAUCUCUUAGUGAGCUGCCCGUCAACGAGAAUGGCUACGAUGGCGUCAAGAAGGAGCUGGACACGCUGCGCUUGGAGAACGAUCGUUUGCGUCGCCGCAAGGAUGAGCUCGAACUGGAGCUGGAGCAUCGUUGUUUGCGUGGCGAUUUCAACAUGGGCAACUACAAGGUGCUGCACAUGAGCGAGAAUCCGGCGAACGAGGCUUACGAGGCCACCAAGAAUGUGAUGGAAAAGCUGCAGGCGGAGAUUGAGCGUCUAAAGCGACGCAACAAGAAGCUGGAGGAUGAGAGCGAACAGACGCAGACAAACAGCGGUGGCCUCACCAUGAACUUUAAGGAGUUGAAUCAACUGCGUGCCGAACUCGAGUCGGCCAAUGGCCGAUUGAAGAAGGCAAAGGAUUGCUUCAAGGCGGCAAGGAAUGAAUUCCGCGAUGUUUGCUACAUGCUGCUGGGCUAUAGAAUUGAUCGCGUCGGAUCCAACAGUCACUAUCGCAUUUCCAGCAUGUAUGCCGAGAGUCCCGAUGAUUAUCUCUCGAUUAGCGUGAACGAAUCCAACUGCUUGGCACUGCUGGAGUCGCCGUAUUCACAGACCUUAAAACCGGCCAUCGAUCAACAGUUGGCAGCCAAUAACUCAUUUCCCGCAUUCUUUGCCGGUCUCACACUGGAGCUGUUUCAACGUGCCACCGUCACAAUUACUUAGAGUGGACAGCCAACAUAUAUUAGAGCAUAUUUUUAGUUAGGCUUACACUUAGUUUAAAUAUUAAUACACUGAAUAGUUUAUUAAGCACAGAGCAGACUUUGUAAAUUGUGGCACUUACGAAGCGAUCGCAGCUUCCGUUUGCGAUAAGCGAAGAACAGAGAGCGAGAGCGAAUCACAGUUGUGGAGAAGACCGUCGGAGUCUCAAGAGUUAACAGUGGCAACAAUUUUUGGCCGCAACAAGUCUAAUCACCACUGUCGAAAUUCUCGAACUAAUGACGCGUGCUCAAAAGAUUUGCCAUUUAUUUGGAAGUCAUUGCGAUAAAACAAAAAACACUUUGUGGGCUCGCCAAAAACAACAAAAAAAAAAUAUAGUUCAACUUCUUAAUGUAUACACUCGAGUAUUAAAUUCUAACUAUUUUUAGCA